AUGUCUACCUUCCCCUACCGCAACGACCUUCUUGCGCCGUUCCUCGCUCUUCCUCAGGGAGACAAGGUUCAGGCUGAAUACGUUUGGAUCGACGGUGACGGCGGUCUACGUUCCAAAACCACUCGUUCGGCUCAUUUUGGAGGUUUGCAGACUGUCAGUAAGAAGGUCACUGAUAUUGGCCAACUUCGUACUUGGGAUUUCGACGGUUCUUCAACGAACCAAGCUCCUGGCCACGACUCUGACGUCUAUCUGCGCCCUGCCGCGAUCUUCAAAGACCCUUUCCGCGGUGGUGACAAUAUUCUUGUCCUUGCAGAGACCUACAACAACGAUGGCACACCCAACAGGACCAAUUAUCGUCACCAUGCAAAGAAAGUCAUGGACCAAGUCAAGGAUCAGGAGCCGUGGUUUGGUCUAGAACAAGAAUACACCUUGUUCGAUGCUGAUGGUACUCCCUUUGGUUGGCCCAAGGGCGGUUUCCCUGGUCCCCAGGGACCCUAUUACUGUGGUGCUGGAACUGGCAAAGUCUUUGCCCGUGAUCUCAUUGAGGCUCAUUACCGAGCGUGUCUCUACUCUGGUGUUAACAUCAGCGGUAUUAACGCUGAAGUUAUGCCUGCUCAAUGGGAGUUCCAGGUCGGGCCUUGCGAGGGUAUCUCUAUGGGUGAUCACCUCUGGAUGGCCCGUUAUCUCCUCGUACGUAUCGCCGAGCAAUGGGGUAUCAAGGUGUCCUUCCACCCCAAGCCUCUUCAGGGUGACUGGAACGGUGCUGGUUGCCACACCAAUUACUCCACCAAGUCCAUGCGUGAGCCUGGAGGGAUGAAAUACAUCGAAGCUGCCAUUGAAAAACUUUCCAAGCGUCAUGACGAGCAUAUCGCUGUGUAUGGAGAGGAUAACGACCUUCGCUUAACUGGUCGCCAUGAAACCGGCCACAUCGGAUCUUUCAGCUCUGGCGUUGCCAACCGUGGUGCUUCUAUUCGUGUGCCGAGGCACGUCGCUGCGCAAGGCUAUGGGUACAUGGAAGACAGACGUCCCGCUUCGAACAUUGACCCAUAUCGUGUCACUGGCAUCAUGGUCGAGACGACCCUUCUUACCCAGUAA